AUGAUUGGAGCGGCAAUGUUCAACUCCGCCACCUACGAGGAGAUCGAGGCCGACCGCAACGCGCUGGGUGAAGCCAUCCUCGUGGUGGUGCUGGUAACUGUCUGCGGCAUCGUGGGCGGCAUUAUCGACGGAUUAAUUAGCGGCGGCGGCCUCGGCGGGCUGGUACGCGGGAUCAUCGUCGGACUGCUCUUCGGUAUCGUGCGCUGGGCACUGUGGGUUACGGUGCUGAAUUUCGUCGGCGGCAAGAUGUUGCGAACCAGCGACACCGAGACGAAUUGGUCGGAAAUCGGCCGGGUCCUGGGGUACGCCUACACCCCCGGCGUCCUGUCGCUGCUGGUAUUCAUCCCGGUCGUGGGAGUACCUUUGUCGUUGGUCGGGUUCGUGUGGACAUUGGCGGCGGUCGUGGUCGGCGCACGUCAGGCUCUCGACUUCGACAGCACCGGGCGGGCAAUUGCCGCGGUGUUGCUGUCAGCCGUAAUUGGCUUUAUCCCUUGGAUUAUCGUCGUGGCGAUUCAGGGCGCCCUCACCGGUUGA